AUGAAAUAAUCAAAUGAAAAACAAAAUAAUUCAUUUAAUUGUGUGCCUCCACUCAAAAGGCAUCUUUAUUCAAUUGAAAAUUUCAUAAAACUAUUUUAUAUUGUAUUAGUGUCCUUUUAAUUUCAUGCCUGUUAUAUUGGAAUGAUAAGCUCAAUUUUAGGAAUGAUCAGGCGAAAAUCCUUUAAUACUGAUUUUACAAUGAAUUUAUUGUAUUUAUUGAAUAUUAGUUUUUUUAAAUGCACCAAUAAUUACAUGUAUCACCUACCCAUUUUAAUCCAUUAUGUUAUUGGAAUUGCAGAAUAUAUCAAUUUAAGAUAAGGAUCCAUGUAUGAAAGUAAACAAUAUUAUAUGUUAUAGCUUGCAAGAAUUUCGUUAUUACAAUAUAAUAAACUAAAGGAUUCUUUUUAGAUUUUAGAUGCAAAUAUGAAUUUAUGCUUGUUCCUUUAAGCGUUUUGAUGGUGAUAGUGAGUAAUUCUUCAUGGUGGUUAGUAAUUUUACAUAUUUUUUAUGUAAUAACAAAAUCGAUAGCUGUAAAAGUAAUUUAUUUGAAAAACUAUUUCAUAGGAUAUGCAUGAUGUUUACAUGAGUAUUAGAAAUAAAUUAAAAUUAUGA